AUUUCAUUCUAAGCCGCUAUGCAAAGGCGAAAGGAUGGGACAUCAAUUCUCCGGGACGAUUCGAUCAUUUCUUCUUAUUUUGGCGCUGUCUACGUGCUAUCUCACGGCUGCUCCCCCUGAUAUGCAAGCAAGAAUUGAACAACUUGAGAAAAACUAUAUCAAAGUCAAAGAACAUUUGGAAGGCAAAAUUAUUGAUUUGGAGACAAAAGUCGGUCGACUGGAAGCUAAAAUUGAAAAACAGGAUUCACUUUUGGCUGUUCUGAAGAAAGGACAUAAACCUUUGAAAGACAAUAUCGACAUCAAUCAACAUCGUCGUCAGAACGCAACUCUUCGUACUUGCCAUGAAAUCCACGUCGCAAAUCCGUCGUACCCCUCCGGUAUGUACUGGAUCGAUCCAGACGGUCAAGGCAUCGGUGAUCCACCAAUCCACGUCCAUUGCGAUAUGGACGGAAAAAAGGCCCCUUGGUAUGAUCCGGGAUGGAUUGGUUUCGAAGGCACAACAUACGUUUUGCAUGACAGUGAAUCGAAAAUGGACAUCGGAAAUUGCACAGAACCUGGAUGUUACUCGAGGCCAAUCAAAUAUUACGCGAGCGAUAGACAAAUUCAAGCGUUGAUUCAAUUGUCCACAGUCUGCGCUCAAAACAUUAUGUACAUAUGCAAGAAAUCGCCAUUAAACUACAAAGGGAUAGCCUACGCUUGGUGGAUCGACAAAGACGGCAAAAACCACGGCUUUACCAAUUGGCUGGGGACGUGCGACAAACUCCCUGAUAAAGAAGUUUAUGACCACGGUAUCCAUGUAGACAACAUCAACAACAACAAGCGCCAUCUGCCGUUUACGCGCUUCCAUUUUAGUAAUCCGCUGAACGGCUCCGGCCAACACCUAGUGACUCGGUUACGAUGUCGCGGAAAGGCAAAAACGGAGGCAAUGCCGAGAUCGUGCGAGGAUUUGUGGCGAAUAGGACAUACUCUCAACGGAAUCUACUCGGUCAGGGGAGAUAAACAAGUGGAAACUGUUUUCUGCCAAUUCGAUAAACGACCGAAUGAACAAGGUUAUCAAACAUGGAUCGGAUAUGUCGAUGUGAAAUCUUUGCCGACAUAUUUCUCCGUCCAGAAGAAUCAGUUGUUCAGAACACCGGGUGUUGCUAUACCAUUUGAAAUCGAAAAGGUUAACAUCGGCAAUAGCAUGAAUUUAAAAACGGGAAUAUUCACCGCACCACGGGAUGGCAUUUAUUUCUUCUCCUUCAACGGAUUGGUCAGUAGUCUCCCGAAUGUGAAUGAAUCGGGUCACCUCGGAGUAAGUCUUUUUUUAAACGCAAUCCAAGUUACUAAAAGUUAUCAAUAUGAGGAUAACGUCACCAUGCUCAGCGAUCGCCCACUGACACUUCAGACAACGUUGAAAUUGAAAGCCAACGAUCGUGUUUGGUUGCAGAUUGGCUUGGGACCGACGAACUCUCUGUUUGAUGACUAUAACGGAUAUGUUCGCUUUACAGGUUUCAUGUUGGACGAGGUAUUUGCAGUGCCUAAGUGAGGAACUUAGUUCGUAUUUGUAUUAGUGUGGUUUUAUAUUUUUUUUACGGGUGUAGGAAACUUAGCUUGAGGCUUUCGCCUCUCCGGGAAAAAUCAGAUAUUUGCCUCCACGAAAUCAAGAGCGUAGAUGUUCGCGUUUCAAUGUAAAAAUAUUCGAG